UCGGGGCGAGCAAGUCCCCUGCUCAGCGCUCCUUACGGAUCCUAAUGGAUCAUUUUUCAACUUUCUAGCAUUCUGUUGCUGCCUCCGUAAAUUGUUUUGGAUUCGUUCGAAACGUAACCUGCAAAGUUUAGGCUAGUGCAUUAUCUCAACAUAGGUGGACUAAAUGUAGGGGUAUUUGUGUUUAACCGCUUAUUGGGUUUUGUGUCGCUUUACCAAUCCGUGCGCUUGGUGAAUGUGUUUGCGGAGCAGCUUGACAAAAAGGCUCGCGGAGCGAAAGGGACGGUAGAGGAACAGAUUGCGCCAUCGCACUGACCAGAGAGUGAGAGUGCAGGAUUCGUAAAACUGUGGCGCAGGAAUAGUAGACUAUGAAAAGGCUUGCAAUGAGGGAAGUGUGGUUGAAAGCUAUUAUCACCGGGUGCAUAGCCAUGCUCUCCCUCACACCUACUUUGUAAUAAGGAAGAUCUGUGUCCACUGUAAGUGCCGCCGUGAGGAGCAUGUGGUGACAGCCAUGCCUCUGGAGAUGGAGAAGACCAUCACUAAGCUGAUGUACGACUUCCAGAGGAACUCCACCUCAGACGACGACUCAGGAUGCGCACUGGAGGAGUACGCAUGGGUGCCCCCGGGGCUCAAACCUGAACAGGUUCAUCAGUACUACAGUUCCCUGCCUGAGGACAAAGUGCCCUAUGUAAACAGCCCAGGAGAGAAGCACCGCAUCAAACAGCUCCUUCAUCAGCUGCCCCCCCACGACAAUGAGGUACGUUACUGUAACACUCUGGAUGAUGAGGAGAAGCGUGAGCUCAAACUCUUCAGUAACCAACGGAAACGGGAGAAUCUGGGCCGCGGCAGUGUGAGACCAUUUCCCGUGACGAUGACCGGAGUGAUCUGUGAGCAGUGUGGGGGGCAAAUAAACGGAGGUGACAUUGCAGUGUUUGCGUCGCGGGCGGGCCACGCCGUGUGUUGGCACCCUGGCUGCUUCGUGUGCAGCAUGUGUGAUGAGCUGCUGGUGGACCUCAUCUACUUCUACCAGGAAGGGAAGAUCUACUGUGGUCGGCACCAUGCAGAGAGACUCAAACCACGCUGCUCCGCCUGCGACGAGAUUAUCUUUGCGGACGAGUGCACGGAGGCAGAGGGCAGGCACUGGCACAUGAAGCACUUCUGCUGUUUCGAGUGUGAGACGGUGCUGGGCGGCCAGCGCUACAUUAUGAAGGAGGGCCGUCCCUACUGCUGCAGCUGUUUCGAGUCCCUAUAUGCAGAGUACUGUGACUCCUGUGGGGAACACAUCGGCAUUGACCAGGGCCAGAUGACGUAUGACGGGCAGCACUGGCAUGCCACAGAGGGCUGUUUCUGCUGUGCCCGCUGUAAGUGCUCCCUCCUAGGUCGCCCCUUCCUGCCCAAACAGGGACAAAUCUUCUGCUCACGCUCCUGCAACCUUGGGGAGGAGCCUAACGGGUCAGACUCCUCAGACUCCGCCUUCCAGAGCGCACGCUCCACUCGAGAGCCCCGCCGCAGCUCCAAGGCUGGGAAGAACGGGGGUCAGGCGGGGCGGUUUUCGAGCGAGGUGGAUCCUCUCUCCUUACAGAUGGACCUGCUGAGUCUGUCCAGCCAGACGCCCAGUCUGACCCGUGAGCCGCCCGCAUGGCAGAGCCAGGGACAGGGGGGCGACACGUACCCCUACGAGGGCCGAUCAGACCACACAGCAACACCCACUCCACUCCAGCUGCUCAGCCAAUGCAACGUCAGGACUGCAUAUAACUCCACCUCCCCCGGGCAGGGCGGCCAACCAGACCCCAGGUCCAAGGAGACGGGUGUCCCCAAGAGGCCGCCCAUCUCAGCCCUGAAGGGCCACUCCAUGAAUGAGAACUGGUUCCACAAGGGCCCAGUCAACUACUACCCCCCCAAACUGAAACCCCAGCAAAGCAUUGACGUACCCCACAGCUCCUCACCCCACAAUGGCUUCUCUGACAAGCGCUCAGUCAGUCUGCAUGUGUUCCAGAGGGAGAACCAGAGGGACAGGGACAAGGAGGUGGGGCCUCCCCAGAUGGGGCGCAGCAGGAAUCCCAUCAGUGCACUUAGCUUCACAGAGCAGCUCACUCCCCUAGAGCAGACACCCAGGGGUUCCAUGGAGUCACUCACCCUGUCCAACGCUACAGGAACGUCAGCAGACGGAGGAGGGAAACGCCAGAAGCACCUGUCUCGUUUCUCCAUGCCCGACCUGAGCAAAGACUCUGGCAUGAACGUGUCAGAGAAGAGCAACAUGGGCACCCUCAACUCCUCUGUCCAGUUCCACAGUUCUGAGUCUCUGCGCAGCCUGACCUCAGGCCAGCCCUACAUGGAGCUGGAGCCCCCGGUGCAGGUGCAGUACCCUCUGCAGUACUGUGAGCCCCCAGGCCUGGGCAUGGGGAUGGGCCGCUUGCCCCCCGGCUUCACCUACCAGGAGGAGGACAGGGUCAGCCUGGUGAGCAGCGCCAAUGCUGCACGCCUCCCGCCCAUCAGCGAGCGCACCCAGAGACGAGGAGAGGGCCCGGGCAUGGCUGCCCCUGAAGACACCCCUCAGCGCCGUAGACACCACCACCACCGCUCACGUCGCUCCAGACGCUCCCGCUCGGAGAACGCCCUGCACCUGGCCGCAGAGCGCAGGGAGAGACCCCAGGAGAGGCCCAAGCUGAGAGUCAGAGAGGACUAUGACCAGUUCCCCCCUCCCCGGGGCGCCAGGGACCCGUUUGGGGGCGCAGGGGGGAGGUACAGGGGGCCGGAGCCAUUCAGGCAGUGCCCUCGCACCACAUCUGACCUCACCCUGCAGAACCCGGGUGCCCACCGCCGCCUCGCCGGGCCCUACUCAUGGGACGACUACGAUGAUGAGGACGAGUGGUGCUCCACCUGCUCUUCAUCAUCUGAGUCAGAGGACGAGGGCUACUUCCUGGGAGAGCCCAUCCCCAGGCCCGUGCAGCUGAGGUACCUUAGCAGCCAGGAGCUCCUCCACAAGUACAGCUCCACGGGGGUGGGCGGACCGCACCAAAUGAGCGGCAGAGGGGGACAGCUGCACACUCGCAAACGCCGGAAAAGCAAGAAUUGCAUAAUCUCUUAACAUUCGCCACAUGGCCAGAGUCAAGAGAAAGUGCCCUCCCUCUCCCCAGUAUACAGUCGUGGUCAAAAGUUUUGAGAAUGACACAAGUAUUGGUCUUCACAAAGUUAGCUGCUUCAGU